UCGGAGCAGGUGAUAUGUCGCUGUUCGCCUGUUGCAUACGUCGGGUGAGUUUUGUUAUUCCCGCCCGCAGACAGUCAUUCGACACGAUCCAUCUGUUGCGUUACACGGGACCGCACUUACCGGGAAUAGGAUUGCGUUAACUUGUGCGAACGAUUCCGACGGAAAACGUUGUUCCAGCGAGAUUGAAUCAACGGAGAAUGGACGAGGCACGGCAGCAAGCGUUACUGAAGGAACCGCCGGAAAUAUCGUGGGAGAACACUCUGGGCGCGCCAGACGGCGUACCUUUCGACGAGGACACGAAAGAGCUGUUGAGAAAAUGCAUCGACGUCUCGACACCGACGCCCACCACACUGCCGCAAAUCAUCAAGCGAAGCGAGGCAUUCCCAAUAAACUUUCCGAUUAACACGACAAGAUGUUCGGCGCUGAGGGACAGAGGAGUUAGCACGAACAUCCUCGAGAUGAACGCGAAUUCGGUUUAUCCGCUGGUACACGAGGCGAUGUUACCACUUCUCGCCCGAUGGUUGAAACACAAACGAAUAUACGGCAGCGCUAUUGAAAGAGCGAUGUACAAGGACAUGGGAUUGGUACAGUUCAUUCAUCGUUUGUUGGAAAAACGAGCUGUUCAUUUCUAUGGCUCUGACGAUCGAUGGAAACUGAUCGAUGGUAAGACAGGAGUGGAGGGAUGGGAGAAUGUUGGUACUGAUCACGAAAAAGAACCCCUGGUGUUGACAAAAUGUUUAUCGUACGACGAGAUCAAAUUGUCAGCGAUGAUGGCGAUGUCUUCCCACACCGAAUUCAUAAAUGACGGCGCGCGAGAGAAUAGAGGCGUCGUGAGUACCGAUCCAGACUCCGUACAGCCGAGAGGAGUCAUUAUAGGUGUCGUGGGAGCAAGAUUCAAACGACCACGCGCCAUGGAAUACCAAGACAUUCUUAUUACUCCUCUGCAAAACACUGUGGAGAACGGAUUCGGACCGCCUACGAGUGGAAGUCCGGAAGAGCUUCACGGGAUGCGCGCUUUGUGGGCGAAAUUCUACGGCGAAGAUUACCACCCUCUGUACGAUGAAGCGUUGAAACGGCUGAAAUCGAAAGAGAACAAGAGAUACCUUACUUUGACCACUCAAACGAUCUUCGACAUCGAGAAUUACAUGAAGAGAACACUGCUCACCGUUGAAAUUAUACUUCUCGAGGCGAACACGCGUGCGGAGAAGCAAAACACGACCGCUUUCUUGCACGUCGUUGGCUUUGGUCUCGGGGUAUGGAGAGUAAUUCAAGACCAAGAGGUGUACUUCCUCAAAACGUUCGAGAUCGCCUUAAGAAAGAUGAACAAGAAGCUGAGAUACGUGUCCGAUAUAAUGUUCGCGUACUUCCAUCAGCAGAAAUGCGGCGACGCCGGAAACGGCGACUACCUCGGAGAUAUAAAGAUUCACUUCGCUCUCAGAGAACCGCACAGCAGACUGUUCCGAGCCUCAGACACGAACAAGCUUCUCGUGGUGACGUACGCGUGGGACGGAAACGCGUUGCCAGGAAACGAAUUCUGGGGCGGAUGCCUGUCGUCGAGCGGAGAUCCUGCAGCCGCUUGCAGUACUCAAAUCGCGGAAUUGCACACAUCCAGAAUAAAUCCUCGAGCUUGUGGCGCCAGCUUGCACAUUGCGUCCGCACAGCAUGGUAUUUUGCACGUAUCGGACUACUCUAAGCUUCAUAUUGCUUAGGAAAGGGCUGGCCCAAUGGGCACCGGUCAACGAAGACCAUCACGAUCUCCUCGUAGUCAGAGGAGUCGUAGCGC